GCGUCGAGGGAGGCGGGGAAGAGAAAGGGAAAGGGAAAAGGGCUCCUUCGGGCGCUUCCGCUAUUGGCUGCUGCCGCUGCUUCUUCUUCCGCGGCCGCUGCCGUUGCUGCUUCUACUCUCGGGCUGGGCGGAGAACGAUGAGCGUCGAGAGGCGGCGGCGGCGGAGGAGGAAGAGCUUCGGGGGCUUGGGAGCGGGGGCCCCGUCGCGCUGCUGAGAGAGGGAGCCCCGGGAAAGGCCCGCGAUGAGUUCGCUGUCCGCAAGUAACCCUUCGCUGGCUGCAGCUGCCAUGGAUGAACUAGCUGAAGAUGACAUUUAUAUUUUGAACCAUGAAAAAGCAGACACUCAUCUUAAGCAAGAUGGAGAAAUUCCUACUCCCGUGUAUUCAGGCGAAGAGUCUGUUGCUUCACAUUUUGCACUUGUCACUGCUUAUGAAGAUAUCAAAAAACGACUGAAAGAGACAGAAAGGGAGAACUCCCUCUUAAAGAAAAGAGUAAGAGUGUUAGAAGAAAAGGUUCUUGGCUCCCAUGUGGAAGAAAGCGCAAGCUCCGUCGGCCGUGAGCAGGUUAACAAAGCCUACCAAGCCUAUCGAGAGGCUUGUAUCGAACGGGAUAAUCUGAAAAGUAAACUGGAUAAAAUGAUGAAAGAGAACACCGAAUCCCUGAAACAUUUGAAUGAGCAGUUGCAGUCCAAAGAAGUGGAGCUCCUGCAGCUCAGAACUGAAGUGGAAACUCAACAAGUGAUGAAGAGUCUGAACUCUACCCCAUCUAGCUGGGAAAUAGAAAAGCUGAAUAAUGCCCUAAAAGUGCACAGCUUGGAGCAGGAUUUGGAGAAGCUGAGGGAAGAAUGCAAUGAUCUUAGAAAAGAACUACAAAAAUCUGUUCAGAAGGUUGUAUCCCAGGAAGGAAUUUUAACAAAUGGAGAGUGUAUCCAACAGCAGAUAAGCAUUCAUAGUGAAAACGUUCAGCAAGCGUACUGGGAGUUGAAGCGGGAGAUGUCUAAUCUGCAUCUGGUGACGGAAGUGCAAGUGGAAAUGCUCAGAAAACUGAAACUGAUCCCAUCUGCAACCAAGAAAGUGCCACCACAUGCUCCUGUUCAGUGUAUUGAAGACCUUGAAAGGGACACCACAGAUCUUUAUUUAGCUGCUUCUGGAGCUGUGUACAAAAAGAGGCUACUUCCGCCGAGUGACCACACUUUCAGCAAUGUUGUGUCUUCCCCCUCGUGUACUGACGAGAGACUUGUCCCAGUUCACGACUCUCCGUUUCAGGAACCUAAUUCGUACGGAAAGAGCUCUCUGGAAGAUAAUUCUUGGGUCUUCCCAAGCCCUCCAAAACCUAGUGAGACAGUGUUUUGGGAAACGAAAAACAGAGCGUCUCACUUAAACUUUCCAGAAAACAGUUUGGAUCACUGUAACCAAAACUGCCUGCACAAGAGCUAAGAACUGUGGAACUUGAUUUAGCUCUGACUGGGCUCCCAUACACCUAAGAGGAAAAUAGCUAAUGGGAAGGAGGGUGAAAGUGUGGUAAUCCAAGCAGGAUUUUACUCUUCCCUUGUCUAAUUUUGAAAGCAGGCCAUGUACAUCAGUAGAAAUGGCGUAUGGUGUAAGGCUUAGAAUACACGAGUCAGUCUUCGGAUUGUGCUCCUGCAAAUUACUAGAGUAUUAAGCCUCCGAGUAAAACAAAAGCUGUACAUUGCAGCUAAUUGUGUGAAUGUUGCUUAAAAUACAGUAUCUUCAGACAUUU